AUGGUCAAAGUCAGUCCACACGGAGAGCUCGAGUCGAGUAGAGGCUAGUCAAGCAGGUCAGCUGCUCGGAGAUCCAUCGAUCCGUCGAUCCCGGCACCUGUCAAACGCGCGACAGACCACAGUGACGAAAAACCCCCCAGCCGUUGACCCGCGCGCUCCCCUCAAACUCUAUCGACCGGUGACGAUAUCCAUCCGGAGCGGACAGUUUGUGAGCGCCGAUUUUUUGAUCCGGGACUAUGAGAGACUAACCGGCGGAAGAGCGACGCCGCAGUGAUUCAGUGAAGAGCAUAGGGUUCCUCGAGGGUGUCGAACCGCGGUCCGAGAAUGACAGUAAUAAGGAUGACCUCCCCGGUGACGCCUCCAUCGACCAGUCCAGGCUCGAACGAGGCUCAGGCCCCGCAGCCGACCUCGAAGCCGGUGCACCGGCUGAGCUUCUCCGUCGCCGCGCUCCUGGCCGACACGAAGAAGCCGGACUCCAGGCAGGAGACGUCCUCGGUGUCGCCUCGGUCCUCGCCGGUGGCCUCCUACUCGCCCAUCAGACAGGAGCAACUGAUCCCUUCGAACCUGCACAGGUACCCGGCCGACUUCAGAUCGAGAUACCUGUCGGUGUCGCCCGGAAUCAACGAUCCCAGGUCGAGGCAGUACACCGCGUGCGAGACGAGAAGCUCCACCGACGCCAGAGUGCUUUCCAGGUACUCGGAAAGCGAGUCGGAGAGGAUAGAGUCCCCCGGGAGCAGGUCCACGCCCAGGACGCUCGACUACAUCGGUCAAACCUCGACGGACUCGGUGUCGACGUCCGACGUCGCAUGUUCCUCGUCGCCGAAGGUGUCCACAGCCAGCCAGCCGGACUUUGGCCCGCAGAGCCCGAGGAGUAGCUCCCACGAAGCCAGGUCCAGGUGCUCGGAGACCGAGGACGUCGAAGAGGAAGACGAGAACAGUCUGGUCGACGUCGAGGAUCUGCAGUACCAGCACCACGGGACCAGUCCCACGCCUGUCCGCCCGACGCCCGCCUACAUCGGAGGAUUUUCCAGCCUGGGGAACAUCCCUGGCAUCCCGCCGAGCCUCCAUCCGGCGGUUUGGGGUGGCGGACAUCAGGGUGCAGCCGCAGCCGCGGCCGCGGCAGCCGCGGUCGCUACCGCGGGCUUCUUCCCCUCGCACUUCGCUCAUCACGGGCCGCUAAACGAGAACGGAGAACCCGCCAAGAUCAAGUGCAACCUGAGGAAACACAAGCCGAACCGGAAGCCCAGGACGCCUUUCACCACGCAACAAUUGCUCGCGCUCGAGAAGAAGUUCACCGAGAGGCAAUACCUCAGCGUCGCCGAGAGGGCAGAGUUCUCCUCCUCCCUUCAUCUCACGGAAACGCAGGUGAAGAUCUGGUUUCAAAAUCGACGGGCGAAGGCGAAGCGCAUGCAGGAAGCCGAGAUCGAGAAAUUGAGGAUGUCAGCGGUCAGGCAACAUCACACGGCGCUGUACGGGUCCCAUCCGGGCCUGCUGGCACCGGCGAGCCUCUACCCAGUCGGAAUGCUGUCUCAUCCCGGGCUGACGUCGCAUCACCCGAUCUCGCAGCACCCGUCCAGGGAAUGAAACCAGCCGGGCCUAGCCGGGCCUAGCCGGACCGGUAGUGAACCGAGCCGAUCCCCUCCAAAGAGACGAUUCUUCUCGAGGAAUUGUUCCCCGAUGAGCAAUCGGUCGAGGCUGUGUCUGCGAAUGCCACGAGGAGAACACGGAACGAUCGUUCCGACUCGAACUCGGUUGCCACGGCUUCCACGGGCCGACUUCCGCCGAAUUCUCGGAUCGUCCAACGGGCCUUCGAUCGUCUAGAUCUCUAGAUCGUCGCGAGCCGAAAUGUUUGCGGAUGAUCCAGCCGGGAAAGCUGCAUUCGAAGAGAAUCGAACUAUGCCGAACGUGUGCUCUCCGAUCGCGUUCAACUAUUUUUCUCUGUCCGCGGAGACGAAGAGCUGAAGUAGGAGAGCAGGAGACGGGGAGAAGAGCCGAAUAGUCGAGGAGAGAGUUCUCGAAGAACUGGACCAAAGUUAGCUGGGACGGAGGAGUCCGAAGUCGAACGCGGGCCGACAGAGAACCGUGAACGGUGCUCGACGGAGUUCCCGGACUUCUCGACGAGUCGGAAAUUCCGUGCCAAGUGGGUACGCUUCCGAUCGAACUUCUGAUUCGUCCCUCGCGACUCGUGAAUUUGUGCCAAUCACACCUUGUACAUAACGUGUAAAUAUCUACCGCGAGCGUAGUCCUCUGUAAAUACGAGAGCACGAGCGUACGACGAGCGUAGCUUAAGCUCGGCACCGGCUCGGAGCAGUCGCCGUGCCGUUUUCCAAUUUUGUAUAAAUGUAAAAUCGUCGCCGCGAGAGAGAAAGAGAGAGAGAGAGAGAGAGAGAGAGAAAGCGAAAGCGAGAGCGAGAGCGAGUAGAAGAGUCUAUUUAAUAAAUCGUAUCGAACGAAACGUCUGUUGAUUGCCUAUGAUCCCAAGCACCCGAGAAACUAUCCCCGUGCUAUCGUUUCUAGCACGUUCACCACCGAUCCAUUUCUCCGAAGAAUCACAACGUCGAAGCGAUUCAAUUAAUUUCGAGAAACCAGGAAAGUUCAAAGACGACGCGAAGGUGUUAAACCCGAUCCCCCGUUAUAA